CCAGAGGGUAGGAGAAACCUACAGAGCAGGGGGCCAGGCUCCCCAGAAUGUGGGGACUGGGUCUGUAGUUAAGGGGCGGAGCUAAGACUGAAAAUUAGGAGUGUCUGAGGCUAUGUGCUUGAAUGCACGGGUAGGACCUGGAAACGGAGAAAACGAAGACCCGGGGCAAGACCCAGAAGGGGAGCGGUCGAACUGAAAAAAAUAAAGGAUUUAAAGAUUUUGAAACUGGGGAGGUUGGGGGGCAGGACACUAAACUAACAGUGUAUAGAACACGGAUUCUAAAGCUCUUUCCGAAACACUCUUUACUUCUUUUAUGACUCAGUUUCCUCUUCGGUACAUCGGAGAUGAUGUAAAAUAGUGGUAGCGCAUGGUAAGUGCUGUUUACUACUAUUUUUUCGUGACCCAGAUCCCCAAACGUCAUUUUGAAGAUACAGGAGAGAAGACACCCAAGAGUCCAAUCUCUUCUAGUAACUCGACUUGAGUGCAGGUCAAGGGUACAGGAAGGAGAUUUAGGUGGUUUAAAAUCUCACAGUGGAGGGGAUUAAUGGAGUUGGGGAGGGGGGGUAGGUGCAGAGGGUGGAGGCGUCCUGAUCCCAGGGCUGAAGAAUGGCUGCCUUUGCCCGCCUGCUGGAGCAUCUCCUCUGGCCAGCUUGCAAAAAACAGGAGGCAGAGGAGGAGGAGGAGGGGCGCAGGUCUCACCACGGGCCUCGGUCGCUCCUGGACGCGCCGCGAUGCGUCCAGCGGCCGCACGGGGGUGCGGCGGCGUCUUGCGGCUUGCGCUUCGGGGCCAGCGCUGUGCAGGGCUGGCGCGCGCACAUGGAGGACGCGCACUGCGCUUGGCUCGAGCUGCCCGGGCUACCCCCAGGCUGGGCAUUCUUCGCGGUCCUCGACGGCCACGGCGGGGCGCGAGCUGCCCUAUUCGGUGCGCGCCACCUGCCGGGCCACGUGCUAGAGGCUCUGGGCCCCGCGCCGGGCGAGCCCGAGGGAGUGCGCGGGGCGCUACGCCGAGCCUUCCUGAGCGCGGACGCACGCCUGCGUGCGCUCUGGCCUCGUGGCGAGCCGGGGGGCACCACGGCCGUGGCUUUGCUAGUCUCCCCGCGUUUUCUGUACCUGGCGCAUUGCGGUGACUCCCGAGCGAUGCUGAGUCGCGCCGGCGCCGUGGCCUUCAGCACCGAGGACCAUCGGCCCCUCCGGCCCCGGGAACGGGAGCGCAUCCACAACGCGGGGGGCACCAUCCGCCGCCGGCGCCUCGAAGGCUCACUGGCAGUAUCCCGAGCGCUGGGCGACUUUGCUUACAAAGAGGCUCCGGGAAGGCCCCCUGAGCUGCAGCUCGUUUCUGCGGAGCCUGAGGUCACCGCCCUGGCUCGCCAGGCCGAGGACGAGUUCCUGCUCUUGGCCUCUGACGGUGUGUGGGACGCGAUGUCUGGCGCUGCCCUGGCGGGACUGGUGGCAUCGCGCCUCCGCUUGGGCCUGGCCCCGGAGCUUCUCUGCGCGCAGCUAUUGGACACGUGUCUGUGCAAGGGCAGCCUGGACAACAUGACCUGCAUCCUGGUCUGCUUCCCCGGAGCCCCCAGGCCUUGUGAGGAGGCGAUCAGGAAGGAGUUAGCGCUGGACACAGCCCUGGGCCACAGGGUCGCCGCGCUGUGUUCCUCUGCUCAGGAGCCCCCCAACCUGAACACGGUUUUCUGGACUCUGGCCUCAGAGGACAUCCCAGAUUUACCUCCUGGGGGAGGGCUGCACUGCAAGGCCCAACUGGGGCCAGAAAGCCCACUGGCACCCACUGAAACUCUUCCUUGGACUUGGAGGCCUGACAGCUGUUGCCCUUUGAGGACCCUGUGCCCAGCCAGGGCCUCAAAGGAACUGAGGAAGAAGACUCCCCUUCCCCAGCUACACAGGCCAGCGGAAGGAAGACAACCCGAGGGAGGAACCCCAGAAUGCUUAUUUCCCCUUCUCCUACUUCCCUCUCACACAAAGUCUUAUGGGGAAAUUCCACCCAUCUGAACUUAAAAGGAAAAAAAAAAAAAAAAAAAACCCCACCCCAAACCAAAUCAAAUGCUUCUGAAAUAUUUUAAGCUGAAUGGAACCUUGAGUGAUAACCCAGUUCAAUAACCUUCUCUUCCCUUCCCAUUUUUUCAUCUGUUUUGGAGGCAGUUAGGAGAGAAGACUUGUUGCUAAAUUUUAAUGAUAUAACUCAAAAUAAAUUUCAUAUAUGUAUGUAUGUAUGUAU